UCUCUCUAAAGUAUUCAUAUCUAUCAUCUCUCCACCUUCAUAAAGCAACUUUUUCAAUCGCAAAACAAACGCAACACUCAGUUUCUCUAAGCAGGAUCAGACGGAAUUACGCUGGAACUGUCUCCGGUUUCUGUUCGAUCGGUUACUUACAUCAGUCAUGAGCAUUAUCAGCUGGUUUAGAGAUCAUGAGCGAGUUUCGUCGACGAUUUACGUUCUGUUUCUCGGUCAAGUGAUUUCGUUUGUAAUGUCGCUCAUUGGCUUCAGUUCUUCUCUCGUUGCUGAGCUUGGCGUGGACACGCCUGUUACACUUACAUUUUUCUCUUAUCUGGCUUUGGCUUUGGUUUAUGGAAGCAUUUUGGUUUACAGGCGCCGGAAAUUAUUGGUUCCUUGGUAUUGGUAUUUCCCCCUUGGCUUUGUGGAUGUACAAGGAAAUUAUUUUGUCAACAAAGCUUUUCAAUACUCAUCGAUUACAAGUGUGUCAUUGUUGGAUUGUUGGACUAUUGUGUGGGUCAUAAUCCUUACUAGGAUUUUCUUGGGCACACGAUAUUCCCUGUGGCAGUUUGUUGGGGCAGCCAUCUGUAUACUUGGUCUCGGGCUCGUGCUUUUGUCUGAUGCUGGUGUUGGUGGUGGAGGUGGCUCGAAACCUCUUCUUGGCGAUUUACUCGUCAUCACAGGCACAUUUUUCUACGCUUUUAGUAAUGUUGGUGAGGAGUUUUGUGUGAAAAAGAAAGAUCGCGUUGAAGUUGUGGCAAUGCUUAGUCUUUUCGCAAUGCUUGUGAGCAUAGUACAAAUAGCUUUAUUAGAGUGGAAGAGUCUUCAAUCAGUAGAAUGGUCUACAGAUAUUAUCCUAUGUUUUGUUGGCUAUGCGACGGGGAGUUUCAUUUUCUACACUUUGACACCCUUGGUAUUGCAGAUGAGUGGAGCGACAUUGUUCAAUCUGUCAAUCCUCACAUCCGACAUGUGGGCUGUUGUCAUUCGUAUUUUCAUCUACCGCCAGAAGGUGGACUGGUUAUACUAUGUUUCAUUCGCAAUUGUGGGAGUUGGAAUUAUUAUAUAUUCAAAAACGGAGAGGAAAAGCGAUCUUCCACCGUCAAUGGAGAAUGGGAAUCUCACAAAUGAAUACCAGUUACUCCGCGAUGAAAACACUAAUCAUACGGAGAAUGGAAAUCUCACAACUGAAUACCAGUUGCUCCACGAUGAAAGCUCAAAUCAUGCUGAGAAUGAGAAUCUUACAACGGAAUACCAAUUGCUCCGCGAUGAAAACACGAAGUCGUAAAAGACUAUCCAAGACUGAAAUAUUAUCCUAAAAAAUUGCCCAAAUCAUUUCUUUAUUAUUCUU